AUGGCCCUCCCCCGUUACAGUACUCUUCCGUUACGACCCUCUCCCGUUAAAGCCCUCUCCAGUUACGACACUUCCCGGUUACGACCCAUCCCCGUUAUGGCCCUCCCCCGUAACAGUCCUCUCCCAUUACGACCCUCUCCCGUUAAAGCUCUUUCCAGCCCUAGCCCGUUACGGCCCUCUCCCGUUACAGCCCUAGCUCGUUACGGCCCUCUCCCAUUACGGCCCUCCCCCGUUACGGCCCUCUACCGUUACGGCCCUCUGGUGUUACGACCCUCUCCCGUUACAGCCCUCUCCGGUUACGGCCCUCUCCCGCUACCACCCUCCCCCGUUACGGCCCUCUCCCGAUACGGCCCUUCACCAUUACGGCCCUCUCCCGUUACGGCCCUCUCCCAAGACGACUCUCCAUCGUUAAAGCCGUAG